GGGGCGGCCCUGAGGGGAGCAGUGCUGUCGUUCCUGCCCUCGCCCCCACAAAGACCUAUUGCACUGCUGGCCCUGCUGCUGGCCCUCAGCUUUGUCUUCCUCAUGGCUCUUAGCAUUGCCAACAGCAGAAGAGUAUCUGCAAUGCAAGAAGAACUGGAACGAGCGCGACUGCAAGACAAGCAGAGCCACAGCACAGCCUGGCACAACCUCUCCAAGGUCCAGCAGGGCCUCGAUACGCAGCUCUCAGCCGAGCUCCGGGUGAUUCACAGCCACCUUCUAAAUGUGUCAAGAGAAGUAGAGGAGGUGCAGCAAAAGAUGGAGCAGUGCAGAGCUGAGUGUGGGAUGGAGAUGAAGGAUCGGAUCCAAGCCCUGGAAGGAAGGGAAGCUUUGCAACCUGCAUUGAAGCAGCUGGAAGAGCUGAAGCAAGAGCAGAACCGCAUCUCCACUUUGCUUAGCACCACCAUAGAGGAGACCCGGAACCUCACAGAGAUGUUCUGCACCAGCUGCCCUGUGGGUUGGCAGCAGUUCGCUAAGACCUGCUAUUAUUUCUCCACCGAGGGGAAGACGUGGGUCGAAGCUCGAGCUGCUUGUUCCAUGUUGGGUGCUCAAUUGGCCAUCGUCAACAGCGAGAUGGAGAAUAAAUUUCUGGCCAAUCACAUCAUGGAGAUCCGGGCCUUUUGGCUUGGCCUGAAUGACAUGAACCGAGAAGGCGAAUGGGAAUGGUUGGAUGGCCAACCCCUCUCUAUCUCGUUCUGGAGGAAAGGUGAACCCAACAACGUGGGUGAACACGGGGAGGAUUGUGCCACUGUAUCUUCCAAUGGGUUCUGGAAUGAUGUUACAUGUACCAGCCCCGAGGCCUGGAUCUGUGAACGGAGCUGCUAAUGGGACCAAAAUGGGGCAAAAUCAGUAAGAAAAGGACAAAAGACACUAAAAAUAAAGGGAAAUAAAGGGGAAAUGAGCUACGAAGGAGCUGAACUGAACCCAAGGGGAAGGGAGCUGUUCGGUGUGGAGGAGGUGCUGAAAAUGGAUUUGGGGGGUGGGAUGGGGGGGGUGGGUGGACCCAAAUGGGGUUUGAUUUGGUGAAGGGAUGAUGGGAAGAUUUUGGGGUUGUUUGUUGAUAUUUUGGUUUUCUCGACGCGUUGUUUUUUAAAAUAAGACCUCUGGGUUACGAUUUGGA